AUGGUUCAGCUCGUGAUCACCACGCGCAUCCUCUCCGCGAUUGAGGCCAUCCCAGAAUCUCGUCGCGAGGACCUCGACCUUCCGGACUCUUUGAAGUUGAAUGCUCCAAUUUUACACGAGCAACUGAUUGGUUUAUCGCGGUACCUGAAAAGCAAUUCAGACGGUCACGAUGGCGACAGCAACACCCCGACAUCCUUGAACUCGCUCCUUCACGGGACAAAGGUGUACGUGCCUCCGCCGCCCAAGAAGCCAGAACCGAGCCCCGAAUACCUCGCCCAAAAGUCCCGCCUCCUCGCAGCCGUCGAAGCAGACGCCUACAACCGCAUGACCUCUUCCUCAACCUAUACAACCAAGGGCCCAUCACCAAUCUUCACCUCCACGACACCAACCCUCUCCGCAAUCCACGACCAAAACACCUCAGACACCGACGCAAAAGACCCUCUUACCCCUUCCCUUGUCCUAAACAUCUUCCUCUCCGUGCUCUUGACGGGUUUCAGCACAUACUGGGCGCUGAGCAAGUUCUCGACACCGGAUAUACUCACUUCAACAGUUGCGGGUGCGUGGAGGGGGAAGGAUAUGCGUGGGGCGUCGGAGCCGGUGCGCGUGUUGUUGAGUCUUUUUGUGGCGCUGCUUGUUGGGUUGGCGGAGGUGUUGAUUUAUGCUAUUUACCUCGGCAAGUCGGAGGAUGCGAGGGUUAAGGAGAAGAAGAUGAGAGAGAGGAAGAAAGUUGUUGGGAGUGAGCAGGUUGGUGGUAGGUCUGAGGAGACUGAGACCGAUGAACAGGUGCACAAGGUGGAUGGGGACGAGGAGAAAAUCUGGGGCCGUGGUGCGAAUGGAGGGAUACGGAGGAGGGUGAGGGAGAGAUGGGAGGAGCAGGAGAAGGAGCAGGAAUGGAAGGGUUGA